UUUAGCGGGUUGUCUGAAUGUCACUGUAAAGCAAAGGAUUUAUGCUAGAAAGUUGUACAGAAACAAAGAUUUGGGUUUCUCUAGUGAUGCAAAGAUAGCCUACACCCCACGAGGGGUCGGAAAGGAGACGGGUGAUCAAAUUACGGGGUACACGUGGGGUCGUUCGUCUUGUGAUUCAGGAAGGUCCUUGGCACAGGAGCCUUGGAAGUAGGCUUUCUGAAUUUUUGCUUUGUUUUUUGUUUGUUGAGACAGGGUCUCGCUAUGUAGCCCAGGCUGGUCUUGAACUCACAGAGAUCCUCCUGCCUCAGCCUGCCAGGUGCUGGGAUUACAGGUGUGCACCCCCACAUCCCUAGCCCUUUGGAAUUUUUUUUUUCCCCCUUUGGAAGUUUUGAAGCCUGGCAACCAUUGGUUCAGACAUAGUCCUGUAGGAGCCCAGUGUGUGCCUCAUCCACUUGGCUCCUAUCAUGAGACACAUGAGACCAGGUGGUCGAUGCAGAGCACAAACGUAUUUCUGCACAGUGCUGGAGGCCGGAAGUCCGGGGUCACAGCACUGCCAGGCUCAGCUGUCUAGAGUGGGUGAUGUCUGCGUCCAGGACGGCGCCCAGAACCCCGAGUCCCCAGGGUAUCGUGUCCUCACCUGGCAGCCGGCCGAGUGCCCUGGGUGAGGCCCUUGGUAGCGGCCUGCCCCCCAUGAGUGCUGCACCGUGAGUUAUCACCACCGGGGGUCCCACCUGUCAGCACCUUUACAUUGCUGCUGAAAUCUGAGCAGGAAUUUUAGAGAGAACAAAAUCACAGCACCGUGAUUUGGAAGAAGGAAAACUGUAUCACCCGACUGCAGCAUGGAGCUCCAACCCCAGGCCCUGGAUGCAGUUUCCAGACCAAACUGCACUUUCGUUGUUGUUAUUUUGGGGGUUUUUUUAGAGACAGGAUUUCUGUAUAUUCCAAGCUGACCUCGAACUCAUGGGGAUCCACCUGCCUCAGCUUCCCAAGUGCUGGCAUUUCCAGCAUGCAGCACCACGCCCUGCUUUGAAGCCUUGGUUUUUAUAAAAGGGACACCCAGGCCAGAGGGCACCUGACUUGCUCCGGGUCUUAGGGCCAAAAGAGGCAGAGGGGGCCAGGAACCCAGCUCCACCCUCCUGUCACCUCUGGCUCGUGCGGUCCCCUGCGGUGGUGGUACCGUCUGACACGCUCUGUGCCUGUCACUCGGUGCCUGCACUAGGCCUGCUGCAGCACGGCUUUCUCCUCUCAAAUUCGGGGAGGCCCUGCUCUGACUCCACAGAGUCUUCAUUUCCACUGAUGCCGUGUGCAUACAUAAGGGUUACAGAAGGCCACUAAAUUGAGAAAGGAGGGAAACCAAGUCCUGGAGAUCUCUAAGACGAAAGCAUCGGUUUUGCUCUUUUGUUUUUGUUUUUUGAGCCAGGGUCUCACUAUAUAGCCCAGGCUGGUGCUGAACUUGUGGCGAUCCUCCUGCCUCAGCCCCCUGAGUGUGGGGAGCACAGCGAGAGCCCCCCUCCCAGCUCUCAGGGCCCUUUGAGAGAGGAGGAGCUGGCAGAGCCAGUGAGAAGCUGCCAACAGGGUCAGAGGGGAGAGCGUGAGGCUGCUGAGCCCCAGGAAGCAUGGACACGAGUAAAGCAGGCAAGGCCACGCUGGAGCAGUCAGCGCUGACCGCGGCUGAGUCGAGGGAGAACUAGAGGGCGUCCACUGGGCUCACCAGUGUGGGGUCACCCGGGGCUUCAGGACAAGAGCUGUUACAGAUGCGGUGCCUGAUGACGUGCAUCUGUGAUCCCAGCACUCGGGAGGCUGAGGCAGGCCAGCCUGGGCUACGCAGCAAGAGCCUGUCAAAACAAAAUUACAUAAGAGAUGAGGGAUGUAAAAGGAUAUAGAAAGUUGGAGAGUCAGUGGAUUGGAGAAAAUGUUGGAUAAAUUUUAUGCCAAAGAAACAGGAGUUUUUAAAACUAUGAAAUAGGAUCUCAAGACAAAAUCCAUUAUUAGGGUCACUGCAUGAUGACUAAAGCCUCAACUGAUAGGAAGAUAUAUAAAUGAUAAAUUUCCAUCUAAUUAAGUACAAAAUACCAUUGCAAGGAAAAAUUUUUAAUUCCACUAUCAGGAUAGAAGACUUUAACACAUAUCCAGUCACUUUAGUUAUUCUGAGGCUAAGCAGAAUAAUUAGCAAAUGAAAUAAAAGGUUGAGACAAUAAUCUUGAUUUCAGAAUUUUCUGCACCCAAGUUAGUAUAUCCACUCUUCACAAGCAUGUGUAGGACUGGUUCAAAAUGGCCUUGUGCUAGGUCGUAAAGCAAGCGAUAAAUUCCAAGUCAUGAGUAUCAUCCACAUGACAGGGAUGUUGUGUUAGAAUAUUCCAAUAAAAAGAGUAAGUUUUUCAGACCACCUUUAUCCAAAAGUCUAAAAAUACAUAACUAACUGAUAAGUCAAAAGAGUAGUAAUGGAAGUUUAAAAAUAUUUAGCUCUGAAUGGUAUCGAAAAUACUGUAUGUUGUAACAUGGGAUUCAUCUGAAUGGUACACAGAGGGAAAGUUAUCACAUUAAAGCAGCACCUCAGUGGGCAUGGUGGUGCACACCUGUAGUCCCAGUACUUGGGAGGCUGAGGCAGGAGGAUCACUUGAGUUCGAGGCCAGCCUGAACUGCAAAGUGAGACUGUCUCAAAGAUAAAUAAGCACCUCAAGAGAGGAGAAAGGCAGAAAAGAAAGAAGCUAGCAGUCUAAAAUAAAAAAUAGAAAAAUUAAAACAAAGCAAGAAUAAUAAAGACUAAAUGUAAAUAAAUGAAAUAAAAAUUAAAAGGCUUACUAGAUAAUGUAAGGACAGCAGUGAGGGACACUCCCAAUAUGACUGCCCACAGAAACAAUCUCAAACCUUUUGAUUGGACAGUUUGUACGUGGCAUGACACCAAGUGAGUAAAUGAUAGGAUGCUGUCCCAGGGCCUUGUCUGCGUGGAGAGAGGUAGCCUGGGAACUGGCCUCUACAGAAGAGCCCUUUCCUGUAUCCUCUGGCCUGUGAGUUGUUCACCAGCCACUCUUACUGUGCACUCUGUUCUUUUCCGUCUUUGGUAAAUGCACACCUUCCAGGCCCAGUGGCACACAUCCAUAAUCAAGGCCCUUGGAAGGCUGAGGCAAGAGAGUUGUCAUGAGUUCAAGGCCAGCCUGAGCUACAGACUGAGACUCCAUCGCUGAAACAAAAGUGAGCAAAUUAAAAAACGAGUGAAGCUUCCUCUGUCCACCCGUUAGCGCACGUGGGUGCACACACACACAGAUGAAACCGCUGAUACUGAAGACCUGUUAAUAAAGGAGACUACGUGAUUUAUUGUGUAUUUUAUGACACCGCUACACAAAGUUACAAAACUAAAUGAAAUGGAGCAUUCCUUAGAAAGGGGCUGUUCCCUGUACUGUCACUGACAAUGCCCGAUUCCCACAGAGGAAACACAGAACUGCGGCAGCUGCUCCACAGGCAGCUGCUCCACAGGAGCCCGGCUGUGCGGGUCAGGGCGUCCCACCCACACUCGGGGCCGGGUUUGGGCUGCAGGACGAAGUGGGCGAGCGUGAGAAGCAACCCCCAGUGCCGACAGCCCCCAGAGGAGCGGAGCGGACGCCCCGGGCGCCAGGCCCCAGCGAAUCGCCAAGUGAUGCCUUGUGGCCAACGCGUCAGUCCUGGAGGGCGAAGAUGUGCUGGUAGCCGGGAUCGGGUUAAGAAGGGCACCGGCGGGCACUGGGAGCCUGAGGCAGGGGGUCCCAAGUCGAACCCAGCCUGGACAACUUAGGGCGAUCCUAUCUAAAAAUAACUUUAAAGGGCUGAGGGUCUAGCGAGACCCAGUUUUAAAAGAAGGGGAGGCUGGGGAUGCAGCUCAGGCCCAGGCUCAACCCCCAGCACCGCAAAAAAUAACAAUCUGUAGAACACGGUGCAGUGUUUUUUACAGCCCAAACCCCCUCUCCGCAUCUGUUUCUCUUCUCUUUUCUGUGUCUCUCAAAGCUCUCCGCCUCGGUCCCGGGAGGGCGCCUCACAGGUGACAGCCCUGUGACUCGCUCGGGACCACCCCAGCACGGCGCCUCGCGCUUGCGCACCAGCGUGCCCGGCACGCUCCUGACUAGUGACUUCGCGCGCCCCGCCCAAAGGGGCGGAGCCACCGAUCCUGGGCGCACGCGCGCGGCGUCCAGCCAAUCAGCGCCGCGCCCGCCAAAAAGCGCCAGGCUCUUCAGCGCUGUCCGAGUUUCCUCAGAGGCGGCGGCGGCUGCGAGGCGGUGCGUGAGGAAGGAGGUCGGCGGCCGGGCCGGAGUUCACCAUGGUGCCCGCCGGCAGGAAGCACCCCGGGAAGGCAGGGAAGGCGCCGCUGGAGCAGCCACCCGGGACAGCCUACGACUCGGACAGGGGCGAGCGCGGCCUGAGCGGCUCCGAGGACGAGGAGGCGCCCGCAGGAAAGAUUCCAGUAAUUGAUAAGCGUGGGAAAAAAAGGUCGUCUUCAGAGAUGCUGGAAGACAUGGGGGGUGAAGUACAGAAUAUGCUGGAAAAAUUUGGAGCUGACAUUAACAAGGCCCUCCUUGCCAAGAGAAAGAGACUAGAAAUGUAUACCAAGGCUUCCUUCAAAUCCAGUAGCCAGAAAAUUGAACAUGUUUGGAAAACACAGCAAGAGCAAAGGCAGAAACUUAACCAAGAGUUUUCUGAGCAGUUCCUGGCUGUGUUUCAGCAGUGGGAUACAGAUCUGAAGAAGGCUGAGGAGCAAGAAGAGAAACUGGUGAGUAUAAUGCGACAACAACAAAAAGUUUUUCAACAAUCCAGAAUUGUUCAGAACCAGAGACUGAAAACGGUUCGACAGUUGUAUGAGCAGUACCUCAAGAGUUUGGAGGACUUGGAGAAGAAUCACGAUAGUCUACUUAGUGGGACACAAAAUGAACUUAAAAAAGAAAUGGCUAUGUUGCAAAAGAAGAUUAUGAUGGAAACUCAGCAGCAAGAGAUGGCAAGCGUCCGCAAGUCUCUUCAGUCCAUGUUGCUCUGAUGACUCUUUGGAGAAAGAACGUGAACCUAAGCAACAAGACACAAUUGCAACAUUAGCUAAGAGGCACAAAAGUCUUGGGAGCAACUUACAAUUCUAGUUAAACUUAACACCUUUAGUCACAGAAGUUCCAGUUUAAAUUAUAACACUUUAAUCAUUAUCAUGUUUAAGUGUAAGACCUCCCUUUCUAUUCACUUCCAAAUAAAAUACAGUUAUGUGAGGAGCGGCUAUCCCUCAACUGUAUGUGACAAGCUUUCAGCUCUUCAGUUGUAGCAGUCAACUUUUCUAGCACUGUUUAUUAACUUUUGUCAAUAAAGAAUAUUCAGAGUUAGUGUAUCUCUGUCCAUCCCUAAACAUACAAAGAACAAGUUACAUUGUUUGGGGAUUGCGUGGGGUUGGGUUGUUUUGGGUUUUGAGACAGGGUCUUGCUAUGUUGCCAAAAACAAGAUUUAUAAAUAUUAAUUUAAAGACAUGGGUUUACAGAUAUGUCAUUUCUGUAGACAUCAAAGUACCCUAUAAUCAGGCUUGGUCUGCAGUUAAAUGACAC